UUGCGCAGGCAUUUAUGACUUUACGAGCAGAAGCUCAACAUUAUGCCUAUUGACUAGCACAAUAACCCGAGCGAGUACACGAGUGUGGUCGCCCGAUCCUCAGGUAGACGUGACGGCUGCGCCUUGUGUUUUUGUGAAGCUAAUGCCCAAAAACUGUGAAGUCCAGACUACUGCGAUCACGUUUCUAUAACCAGAGAAGAAAAGAACAGCAGCGUGCCCCCGACGUUGCCUUCCUCUUCGCGGUGUGAGCGACUGGAUGUGUUCGACAUAUCUCUUGCUCUGGCUCCGACUCUUCAACGUCAAGUGCAAUCGACGACACCGACUCUUCAACAUCAGGUGCAAUGUACGAGCUGGCAGCAUUUAUAAACUCGAGCCGGGAGGACGAAGACACCCUCGAAACAUGGUUCAAGGACGAUAGAACAUCGUCGUCGAGAAGCCCUGAAGCGGUAUGCGACUCGGAGGAUGAGCCUAAGCGGGAGAACGUCUGUGUCGAUCUGGCCAAUGGCAACCACAGCGGGACUGAUAGCAGUGGAGCCAUGUGCCGGAUCUGCCACGAAGGCGACCAAAAGGCUGAGCUAGUGUCUCCCUGCAGCUGCUCUGGCACUAUAGGCUUCGUGCAUGUUUCCUGCAUUGAGCAUUGGCUUAAUGAGCGGAACGUGGACGUCUGCGAACUCUGCGGUCAGCGUUUCCAGAUGGCCGCUCAAACUGUAACCACGCUGCGGUUCUUCCGAUGGGUUUGGCGGAACAAGAGGUGGCUGUGGCGAUCAUUGGUCUUCGAGCUGCUCGGAUUGGUCCUUGUGACACCGGUCGCUGCAUGCGUGUUUUACGUGCUUGCGAUCUUGACGCUUCAAGAGGACGGCGCCGCGUGGUACGUCGUCCUUCUCGAUUUCUUGAGCAUUGUUGCAUUCAUCUUUUACGUGGUUCGUACGCUCAACAAGCUACGCACUCGGUACCGCAUGUAUCUGGCGUGACAGUCGACACAUCCGUAGCACAGGAUCGUGGGGAGGCUUCCGCUGGAGCCGUGACUCUCUGAUGGACUGAACGCAAGGACGCGUGAGAAGCGGGAGAGCUAGACAUCUCGUAGUUGUCAUCGCGACCAGCGUUCAGAAAAGAAAACCAGCGACGCAGAGUCAAAAUGGCUUCCGAAAAUGCAAUCCGUUAGAACUGCCGUCAAAAACGCCUUUGAAGAAUACCACGAUAUAAGACUACGGCCUACUGCAGACCAACUA